CCGACAUAUGCUUGGUUGCAAAAGUUGAUCUCAUUUCACGCUUUCGGUUCAACUCGACUCGACUCAACACCCAUCUGGUAUCCGAUUCUCAUUAAUUGCAAACCUUUCCACCCCGCAGUCGUUGCGAUGCUGUGCGGCACUUCGCUACAACGCAGAGAAAGUCCAUAAAAUGCAACCACCACCACAAUGGAUUUCAACAAAACAACCUCCCGCCCGGUGCAUCCGUACGCCCAGGCGAACCUCUUCAGCAAGUACUUUUUCUGGUGGCUGUUUGGAUUAUUACGAACCGGGCUGCGAAGGCAGAUUUCCACCGAGGAUAUCUACGAGACGCUGCCGGUUCAUCGAAGCGAACGACUAGGAAAACGAUUUGCGGAAUGCUGGUGGAAACUGCAAUUGCAGCAUUGCUCCUACCGGAAAUGGCUACCGCCUGAGCCGUCGUCGCCCGAUGUAUUACCACGCCAGCAAAAACCUUGGAAACUGCUCAAGGUGGUGUUGAAAAUUUAUGGCACAAGUGUUCUGAUGUUCGGGGGAAUCUACAGCUGCCUGGAAUCGGCUUGCAGAAUUAUUCAACCGUUUCUACUGGGCCAAUUGAUCCUGUACUUCGAUCAGUUCCGGUUGCCGACGACUAGCGACGAGGUAGCAGGCGAGAAUAAUGGUACCCCAACAGCGAUACCGCCAACCACAGCUUACCUGUAUGCAGCUGGAAUUCUGCUCAGUGUGCUGCUCCCGUCGGCCAUUUUUCACCUGUACCAACUGUUUCUGCUCCAGGUCGGGAUGAAAAUUCGCAUCGGAUGCUGUGCGCUUAUCUAUCGGAAGAUUUUCCAAAUGACCACCACCCUCUCGGCGGAUGGACUGAGCGGACGUGUAAUCAACCUAAUGUCCAACGACGCCAGCCGGUUCGACUAUGCCGUGAUCUUUUUCCACGAUCUCUGGAAGGGUCCCGUCGAGUUGGUGAUCGUUUCGGUACUAGUCUAUCGACUGAUCGGUCCAGCAGGUCUCAUUGGAAUAGGUCUGCUGCUGCUGUUCAUACCCGGGCAGGGUUGGUUGGGGAAGAGAGCGGCCGGAUACCAACUGCGCGCUGCCCUCGCCAGCGACGAACGGUUCAAGUUUAUGACCGAAGUGAUCCGCGGAAUUCAGGUCAUCAAAAUGUACGUGUGGGAGAAACCGUUCGAGGAGAUCGUGCGGAAGUUGCGGCGUAAGGAAAUUCAAGCACUUCGCGGUAGUGCGUACGUGAAAUCUACACUGUUUGCGCUACGCAUCAUUCCGAAGAUUUCGAUCUUUCUUAGCCUGAUCGCUUACGUGUACACCGGACACGCUCUUACGGCGAUGCGUGUCUACAUGCUGAUAUCGUUUUUCAGCGUGAUUCACCAUUCGAUGGUGGAGUUCUGGCCGCUGGCAGUUACUUCGUGUGCCGAAGCUUGGGUUUCGUUGAAACGAAUACAGGAGUUUUUGCUGGAGGAAGGACAGAUGCAGGACAUUGGCGGCUCAGUCGAAGAUCCAAAGCAGUCCUCGGGUAAGAUAACGCUUCAGAACGUUUCUGCUAGAUGGCCGCAAUCUAGUUUUGAGCUACGAGCCCUAAACUGGAUCAUCACCGAAGGUCAGACUUGGGCGGUUAUCGGUGAAGUCGGUUCCGGAAAAUCGACUCUUCUCAAUCUUAUCAUGAAGGAGCUGCUCCCGUUGGAAGGAUCAGUAUUUGUUGGUGGUACGGUUAGCUACUGUUCACAGAAACCGUGGGUGUUCGAAGGAACGGUGCGAGACAAUAUUGUUUUCAUAGAACCCUUCGAUGAAGAUCGUUACAACGAAGUGGUAAGGGUUUGUGCGCUUAGAAGAGAUUUUCAACUGUGGCCAAGUGGCGAUCUUACCAUUGUUGGAGAACGAGGAGUUAGCUUGAGUGGAGGACAGAAAGCUAGGGUUAAUCUAGCUAGGGCGAUCUAUCGAAAGGCGAACAUUUAUCUGCUGGACGAUCCUCUGUCAGCGGUGGAUGCUCACGUAGGGAAGUUGAUCUACAAAGACUGUGUUCAGGGGUUCCUGAAGAAAGAGGUCUGCGUUCUGGUAACUCAUCAGUUGCAGUGUUUAAGAGGAUUGAACAACAUUCUGAUCAUGAGGGGAGGUCACAUUGAAGCUAGUGGAUCGUAUGAGCAGUUGCACAAUCACUUCGUUGAUUUAGGGUUCAGUGAAAUUGCUGUGGAAGAUCAAGAGGUUUCAAGUGACCAAUUUACAGGUGAGAAUAGUUUUCUGGAUUCACAGCAGCAGAACAAAGUCGAAGAACUUCAGCUGGACGGAAAUGUAGGUUUUAAAGUGUACCUAGACUUCCUCAGGUCUGUGAAGAGCGGUAUAUUCGUAGCGUGUGUAGGCUUGCUUCUACUAACUUGGCAGAUAUCUUCCAUGGGAACUGAUUACUUCGUGUUUCUAUGGGUCACGUGGGAAGAAAACUACUCGCAAACGGCAACGUCAUGGACCACAGAACAUCACGUGUUUGUCUACACGGGACUCAUUAUUCUGAACCUUCUGUUAUCCGUAAACUCAUUGACCUUCUUCGAGAUAUGCCUACGAGCGUCACUACAUCUCCACACGGACUUAUAUCGGGGUAUCUCCCGUGCCACAAUGUACUUCUUUAACACCAACUCAUCCGGUCGAAUUAUGAAUCGUUUCUCAAAAGAUAUUGGCCUUAUCGACUCUAGUCUCCCGGUUGUGCUUAUCGACAGCCUGUACUUCUUUCUAGAAUUGGCUGGAAUUAUUGCGAUCGUCUCGCUGGCUAACUACUGGCUAUUGGUACCAACGGCCGGCAUGGGUCUCAUAUUCUACUUGCUGCGAUUCGUCUUUCUGAAGACGGCACGGAACGUCAAACGGGUGGAAGCAAUCACACGCAGCCCAGUGAUUACCCAUACGAACGCUACCAUCGAGGGGUUGAGUACUGUUCGGGCUUUCGGCGCCGAACGUCAACUGCUGGCAGCGUUCGACGCCAAACAGGAUUUGAAUAGUUCGGCUUCGUUCAUGUUUGGUGCCGUCACCAGAGGUUUCGCCUUCUGGUUGGAUUUGAUUUGCUGUCUCUACAUUGGAGUGAUUGUGUUUAGUUUUUUGGUUCUGGGAACAGAAAUUGUCAGCGGAAAUGUCGGCCUGGUAAUAACCCAGGUGUUGAAUCUGAUCGGAAUGUGUAAUUGGGGCCUACGACAGACUGCCGAGCUGGAAAAUCAGAUGACUUCCGUGGAACGAGUGCUAGAGUACGCUAGGCUUGAACCGGAAAAGGAUGUGACGGAAGACGGUCUGGAAACACUUGCCAAAGAUUGGCCCCAGGCUGGAACAAUAGCGUUUCACGAUGUGUCCCUUCGGUACGCUCCCAAUGCUGAACCCGUUCUGAAAGAAAUCAGCUUCAAGAUUAAAGCAAAGGAACGAGUGGGCAUCGUUGGUCGUACCGGAGCGGGCAAGUCAUCAAUAAUUCAGGCUCUCUUUCGGCUGGUGCCAGCGGAAUCGACGGGUCGCAUCGAAAUCGAUCGCAGCAACAUAGGGAGUGUUCCGUUGGACCGACUACGGGCUGCCAUUUCAAUUAUUCCCCAGGAGCCGGUGAUAUUUUCCGGCACUUUGCGCAACAAUCUAGACCCCUUCGGGGUGCUGGAGGAUAGCCGGAUUUUGAAAGCACUCGAGCAGGUUGAGCUGAAACACGUGGUUUCAAAUUGCGCUGCCGGACUGAACACCAGGUUGGUCGAGGGAGGAGUGAAUUUUAGCGUCGGCCAACGGCAGCUGAUCUGCCUCGCGAGAGCCAUUCUUCGCGACAGUCGGAUUUUAAUCAUGGACGAAGCGACGGCCAGUGUGGAUCCAGAAACCGACCGGCUGAUUCAGCGCACCAUAAGACAACAAUUUCAGAACUGCACCAUACUCACCAUCGCCCACCGACUGCACACCAUAAUGGACAACGACCGGGUCCUGGUGAUGGACGCUGGCCGUCUGGUGGAGCUCGGUAGCCCAGCGAACCUACUGCGCCAACAGGAUGGCUACUUUCGGCGGUUGUUCGAUGAAACCGGUAUGGACGCGAGAGGAUAUCUAACACCGUGAGAAGGAUGGGGAAUCCAGAUGUAUUUUCGGGUAUUGAUUGAGGAAUAAAUUUAGUUUCGGUUGGGUACAAGCCGUUGCCUUCAUUGUAUAACCGAGAUGGUAACAAAUAUGGAGAGCAUCGGAAGUUGUUUGUCAUAAUCCUUAAGGAUAAAUCUCAUAUGACGUUUAAAUUGGAAAUCAAUAUAUUUAGCGAUAACGGUACAAAACGAAAAGAUGUUGUUCAUGGUUGUGAAAAAAGUUUAAG